AUGCUAGCUUCAUUGAAAUUUUCAGAUGAAGAGAAAGACCAAGCAUGGCGAGAGAGUGUGUUUAAGUCUCCUUCUGGAAUUGUGGAUCUUUUGAGGGCUCUCAUCUUCUCUAGGGAAAUUACUGAGCUCGAAAUCUUUGAUAACACUACUCAAAAAGUGGUAAGCAAUGAUGUUUUGAAGACGAAGAAUCUUUUGCUGUUCAUUUCUGGUCUGGACAACAUCGAAGACGAGAUUUGGGUUUUGAAAUCUGUCCACGAUGCAUUCAAAAAAGACGAAGAGAAACAAAGUUACCAAAUCCUAUGGGUUCCUGUGGUGGAGGAAACUGAUGAUCAUAGGAUAACUGAUGAUCGGAAGGAAAAGUUCAAGCAACUGAAAUCAAACAUGCCAUGGUACGUCUUACAGAACCUAUUCGCCAUUAAAGGCAAGAAGGCAUUAGAAAAGCUGUGGCAUUACCAGGGAAAGCCUAUCGUGGUCGUGACAAACCCUAAAGGUCAAGUCAUUAACCGUAAUGCAAUGUACAUGAUCUUCGUUUGGAAGAUUGAAGCCUUCCCAUUUCGACAUCAGGAUGAAGAAAGACUCUCCCUUCAAUGGAAGUGGUUUUGGAAUGAAGCAACCAAAGUUUUCCCCGACAUUGGAAAAUGGAUUCAGAGUGAGACAUACAUCUUCAUAUAUGGAGGGACUGACGUUGCUAGUACCCAGAGGAUUGGUACACUGUUAGACUCCAUUAAGAAUGACCCCAUCAUCAAGCAAGCAGACGCCAUAAUCGAGCAUUUUAACCUCACAACAAGGCAUGAUCAAGCAUCCAAUUUCUGGGCCAGCAUCACCAACUCGAUGUUAAGCCGACUUCAAAAGAAGAAUCACGAACAAGACACUGUUCUUAAAGAAAUCGAAACCUUAUUGUCAUACAAGAACGAGAAAGCUUGGGCCCUUCUAAGCAAAGGCCCCAACGUGCUGGUUAUAGGGUUUGAUUCCGUGGUAACGAACGUACUGGAGACUUUCGAUGAAUGGAAAGUGAACGUGCAAGUUCUUCAAGGUUUUGAUAAUGCAUUUAUAAAGUAUUACAAUGAAAUGAAGGCUAGUGUUCCUCCUCCUUGUCUCCACUUCCAACUGAGCAAUAUACGAUCAGGAGUUCCUUUCACUAUCACUUGCCCUGAGCCAUCUUGCAAGAAGAAGAUUAUGGAAGUUGAAACAGUUACCUACAACUGUUGUCAUGGGAUCCAUUCUCACAAUGCACCAUUGCGAACCUGA